AUGUUGCCAACCAGCCCGGCCGAGGUGGCUGCGGCCCAGGAAGCUGGUCGCAAGGCCACGAUCGAGAUAUGGACGCUCUUCGCCAUCGGCUUCACGACGACGAUGCUGAGGAUCUAUGCACGUAUACACGCCGUCGGCGUCCGGAACCUGCGGCCAGACGACUUUCUGGUGCUUGUAGCUUUGGUCUUGUAUGCCGCGCAGUCGACGCUGGGCUACCAUGUCGGCACCAAGGCCCACGGCCUGGCCAACAACUUCAAGCUGGACUCGGAGCGGGCUGCCCUGCCGGUCAACAGCAUCGAGUAUGGCUUCAGGGUCACCGGGUCGAAGAUUCAGCUGGCCGGCUGGACGACGUACACCUGGCUCAUCUCGAUGCUCAAGUUCUCGAUGCUGGCGUUCUAUAUCAGGCUGACCGAGGGCGUUGGGGGAACGUACCGCCUGCAGAUUUUCAUCGGCUUUGGCCUCGUCGCGGGCACCUGUAUGGCCUCGCUGCUCACCAUCUUCCUCUCCUGCAGGCCCCUCCACAAGUACUGGCAGAUAUAUCCAAACCCAGGCAAUGCAUGCCAGCCUGCAGUGUCCAAGCCCGUCGUCUGGGUCUCAUUCGCCGCCAACAUUAUUACUGACAUCUAUCUGAUACUGAUUCCCCUACCCAUGCUGUGGCGCUCGACCCUGCGGAUGAUCAAGAAGAUAGCAGCCAGCAUUGUGCUCGGUGCAGGUAUCUUUGUCCUUGUCUGCGCGUGUCUCAAGAGCAUCUUCGUUCUUGUAAACCCCGUGCAUGGCGCACAACUUGCUGGCGCAUGGGGAGUACGAGAGGCCUUCGUCGCUGUCAUGGUGACCAACUUGCCCAUGAUCUUCCCUCUUAUCCGUGCUAUGCUCUCUCCGUGGUUUUCCAAGCUCUUUUCAACCCAGAAGAAGUCCAGCUACAAAACCCCGGGGCUUCAGACCAUCGGCGGCACCCCCCACGGAGGCAACUCGUACUACAACAACAACAACAAUAACCGGAGUAAGGGCCGUCGACAGCCCCAGAGUGACAUCACGACCAGCUUCACCCUCAAUGGCAGCGAUGAACGUAUUAUGCACGACGAUGUCAAGAUGCAUGAUCUCAAGACCUUCAACUCAACAGAGCACGAACCCCAGGAGCCCCUACCAGCCCGAGGCAUCAUGAUCUCCAACUCCGUCGAGAUCAUGCAUGAGGAUAGAGGCAGUUUACAUGAUGAAGAACAGCAGCGUGUGGAGAAUGUCCGUGAAGUCUGGUAG